ACUCGAUCCAUUGAUCCCCCAAAAGCAUCAUCGAUCGGCCCACUGAAGCUGUCCUUGGCUCAGUUAAAGUUCAUGCUCUUGGCCAUCUGGUUUUCGGAACCUUCGGACCUGCGCCAAUUCACCGAUAAAACGACGCCACCAUCACCGAACCCCCCGAGACUGCGGUGGACUCCAACAAUCCCGAAUCACUAGCUCUUCCCGCCAUCCAGUACACAAGAUGGCGGCACUAAGACAAUCGAGGAGACAGCUGUCGAGAACGCUCUCGCGGCAGACCCCCGUCUCGCUGUGUGCCGCGCAGAACCUGCGGUCAUGGCUGUCAUUAGCCGCCUCCGCAGCGCCAGCUUCGAUCCAAACAAGAUGCUUUGCGACGCCGGUGCCGCCUGUCACACAAGAUGCGACUGGCAGCAAAGGCCCAACUGCCAUGGUCUUCCUGAACAUGGGAGGGCCUUCGACCACGGACGAGGUCCACGACUUUCUGCUGAGGCUAUUUUCUGACGGCGACCUGAUCCCUUUCGGCCCGCUGCAAAACUACAUUGCAUCCUUCAUCGCCAAGCGCAGGACGCCCAAGAUCCAGAAGCAAUACGCCGCCAUCGGGGGCGGCUCGCCGAUCCGCAAGUGGUCCGAGCACCAGAGCGCCGAGAUGUGCAAGAUCCUCGACCGUAUCUCGCCCGAGACGGCCCCGCACAAGCCCUACGUCGCCUUCCGCUACGCGAACCCGUUGACCGAGGAGAUGUACAACCGCCUGCUCGCCGACGGGUUCGGUAACGGCAAGGGCGGCAGGGCCGUCGCCUUCACACAGUACCCGCAGUACUCGUGCUCCACCACGGGCAGCAGUGUCAACGAGCUAUGGAAGUGGAGGCAGCGGCUCGAGGGCAAGAAGCCCGACGGCUCGCCCUCAACUCCUGGUGACGGCACCAUUCAAUGGAGCGUCAUUGACAGGUGGCCGGCCCACUCGGGUCUCGUCGAGGCCUUUGCACAGAACAUCGAGGCCAAGCUCGCCGAGUAUCCCGAAGAGAGGCGGAACAGGGUCGUCCUGAUGUUUUCGGCACACAGCCUGCCAAUGACAGUGGUCAACCGAGGCGACCCAUACCCCGCCGAGGUUGCAGCCACCGUUUACGCGGUGAUGCAGCGCCUGGGCUUCUCGAACCCCUACCGGCUCUGCUGGCAGUCGCAGGUGGGCCCGCAACCGUGGCUGGGCCCGCAGACGCAGACGUCGGUGGAGGAGUACAUCGCCAAGGGUCAAAAGGACAUUGUUCUGAUCCCUAUCGCCUUUACGUCAGACCACAUCGAGACGCUGUUCGAGCUAGACGAGGAGGUAAUUGGUGAGUCGGGCCACGCCGACACGGUUAAGCGGGUCGAGAGCCUCAACGGCGGACGCGUCUUCAUCCAGGCGCUGGCCGACAUUGCAAAGGAGCACCUGGCCAGCGGCAUCUCGUGCUCCAAGCAGAUGGGUCUGCGCUGUCCAGGCUGCAAGAGCGAGCGCUGCUUCGAGUCAAAGAAGUUCUUUGCGGAGCAACAGCAGGGUCUGUCCAAGGCAUGAUAGAGCCUUGGUCGCAACAACCUAAUUAUGUACUUGUGAAAGUAAGCAUCCAGCACCGGUGCUCACUGCUUGUGAUAGAGGCGGCUACAAGGGGUUUCAAACAAGGCAGAAUACUGAAAUUAAAAGACCAGAAACACAGCCAAGUAUUACUAUAAAGCCCCACUAUCACUAUUUUCGACGUGCGAAGCGUGGCCUCAGGGGGGUGGUCCUGACGUGGGCCGCAACUCGAUUUGGUUGUUCCGAUCAUUCGACCGUGCUCUUGCCCCGAUGCCCGAGAUGAUGACCUGCGCGAGCUCAUAAAAGGUGCCUCCCAGAAGAAAAAUAGCAAUGACCUGGCCGAAACUCCACUCGCGCUCCUCCUCCGAGAGGUGGUUACGCUCGAUCAUCUGCUCGAGCGAGAUGAUGGCGUAUAUGGAGAAGACGGCGUAGGCGACGGCCCGCAGACCCUCGCUGAUGCGUGGAUCCGGCCUUUCUUCGGAAGCGUCGGAGCCAUGACGCCGCCGCACUGACUCGACAUCGCUGUCGCCGUCGUCGUCAUCACUGCCGGAGCCGUCGCCGGGCGCGUUCCAGCCACAGCAGCUACCCUGGACGCGCCACGCACUCCCGCCGCCGCCGCCGCGGUUGCCCCGGAGCGAGCGCAGGGCGGCGAUGCAGCACGGCAGACUCACGAGCACGACGACGACGAAGAAAGCGGGCACGACCGCGAAGGUGGCCAGCACGACGUAGCGGAACACGUCGUCGGUGGCGCCGACCGAGACGCCGAAGACGACGUAGACGGUCGAGCCGUUACAAUCCGGCUGCGACCCAAAGCCCGGCGCCUUGACCCACACGUAGACGUCAAAGGCCGCAAAGGCGGCCGCGGCCAGCGCCGCGACGGCGGCGUCGAGCGUCGCCACCCGGCGGCGGCGCCGGUACCGGCCCCGCGCGGCCAGGUUGACGCCCAGCAGGGCGAGCAGGUGCUGCACGGCCACGGCGUGGAAGAGCGUGAGCCUGCGCUGGGCCGUCUGCGCGAUCGCCGUGCACAGCAGCGCGAGGCCCUGGAGGCCCAGGGCGGCCGAGGAGGCGCGCUCGAACUCGGAGGCGCCGCGCCGGUCGGCUGGGGAAAGGAGCUUGACGGCGAAGGGGAGGAGGCGACACGUGAGGCAGAGGGCGUAGAUGGAGAUUCGGAUCUGGGGGAUUAUAAAUAGUCAGCCAGGCUGUCUGUCUGUCUGGGUGGGAUCUGUUCUGUUGCGUACUGACCCCGAUGCCGGUGACGUCGGGAUUCGGCUCGAUUACACACACGUCCAUUUUUAUGCGGCCCUAUUCGGGUAUAUCUAGAACAUGUGCAUUCGCGCUCUCAACCAUGUCAUUGCGUGUGAAGCCAACCACUGGAUGUUGUGGGAGAAACUUGUAGUUGGCCGACUUUUCUCUUAUACCACCAACUGCCGCGGAAAGUGCUUCUUUUCACGAUUCCGCUCAGCAAAAAUGGAACAAUACCUAGAGCCUGGCCGAGACGGCCCGUGAUGCCGCACCCUAUCAACACCAAACUUUUGCACCCAAUUGUCCCAGACUUAUAAAACCGGGCGCAAUCGAGGCUAGGCCGCAGGCUAAUCCGCCUUGGGCUCAAACCGGGCACCAAACAAGAGCGCCCGACUGCAGCGAACCGGCGUUUUUGAGAAAUCGAGUGACCGAUGCAAGUGGCGGGCCCCUCCAUGAGAAGCGGUCGGUCGGCCUGGCCGCUCUUUUGAGGAGAAACGGGCUGAGCUGAAAAGGCGCGCACCACCGCCCCGUUCAGGCAGGCACGUUUCUGACAGCCCGCGCCAUUGGCCACCUCGUCCCGAGAUGCACGUCGCGGGCACAGCCACCUGACUACCUAGCUAGACAGCUGUAGAAAAAAAAAAGGGUGAUCGUUUGGGCGCCGCCUUGGCACGUCAGCUUCCU